AUGGAUUAUUCACCUGGUUUUAGUGAUCCACAUUCCCAUCAGAAUGAUCAAUAUGCAUCCCCUAUGUCUUUACCUCCAUCAUUAACACCAAGAAGUGUUGCUUCUAGAGAAGAUACACACGCGAAUGCGUCAAAUGAUAAUAGGUUUCAGCAUCGUCCGUCAAUUGCUUCAAAAAAAAAUAUACCAGAUAUGGGUCCACCAUCAACAGUUACUUCCUAUCAUCUUAGUUCAGUAGCACCAUCAACACCUUUCUCUGCAGCAGCAACACCAUAUACACCACGAACAGCUGAUCCUUUACGUGUUCAACCAAGUUUACAAAAUAUUGUCUCAACUGUCAGUCUUGGUUGUCCAUUAGAUUUAAAACGUAUUGCACUUCAAGCUCGUAAUGCAGAAUAUAAUCCGAAACGUUUUGCUGCCGUUAUUAUGCGUAUUCGUAGUCCACGAACAACAGCUCUAAUAUUUACUUCAGGAAAAAUGGUUUGUACUGGUGCUAAAAGUGAAGAAGAUUCUGUUCAAGCAGCACGACGUUAUGCUCGUGUUAUUCAAAAACUUGGUUUUCCAGCUAAAUUUCUCGAUUUUAAAAUUCAAAAUAUGGUUGGAAGUGCUGAUGUUAGUUUUAAAAUACGACUUGAAGCACUUGCAUUAAAACAUGCUACAUAUUGCAGUUAUGAACCUGAAUUAUUUCCCGGUUUAAUUUAUCGAGUCAUUCAACCAAAAAUUGUUUUACUUAUUUUUAAUUCUGGUAAAGUUGUACUUACAGGUGCAAAAGAACGUCGUGAAAUUCAUGAAGCAUUUGAACGUAUUUAUCCAAUAUUAAAAACAUUUCGACGAGCCUCUUGA